ACUUCUUUCAACUUUGACAUUUGUCAAGUCAGUUAUAUGUUAAAUCCCUAAAUUUAGUAAAUAAAUAAAUAGUUUUGUUAAAUUUGGUUUAUAUAGUUAAAGCAGUGUACAAUGCACGAAGCAUAUAAAAUAUCACCUCUGUUAAAAGUGACUUUUCAAAUUGAAUCAAUAGCUUCUUAUGGCGAUAAUCUCGUUGUUGGUACAAGACAUGGCCACUUAUGUAUGUACAGUAUCAUUCAAAAUGAUGAAGGUUGCGAAGUUCAUUUAAUGAGAUAUAAUAAAUCUUUUAGUAAAAAACCUGUUCAACAAUUGGAAGUAUUGGCAGAUAAUAAUUUACUCAUCAGUUUAACAGAUAAUAUUAUACAAAUUCACGAUCUUAAUUCCACAAAUUUUACUACUUUGCAUCAAGUUCAAAAAUCUAAGGGAGCUACUUUUUUCACUCUUAAUGUCAAGAAACCGACAUCUAUGACAGGUGAAAUAGUGAGUUUAGUCCGUAUGGCAGUAGCUGUUAAGAGAAAAAUACAAUUGUAUUAUUUAAAAAAUAAUGAAUUUUUACCAUUAAUGGACGAUAUAGUUUUAACAGAUAUACCAAAAUCGAUGGUUUGGUGUCAAGAAGCUAUAUGUAUAGGUUAUAGGGGAGAAUACGCGUUAUUUGAGUUAAAUGGUAAAAAGAAAGAUUUAUUUCCGACUAGUAGUACUAGAUCGAACGAACCUUGUAUAGCGAGAGUUUCAGAAACGACGUUCGCGUUAUGUCGAGAUAAUCAAACAAUUUUAGUAAACGUAAAUGGCGAAACCGAAAGAAAUAAAGCUUUGAAAUGGUCAGAUUCACCAAUUUCGUUAGCUUGGGACGAACCUUACGCACUCGGAAUUCAAAAUGAUUGUAUAGAGGUGGCAACAUUGGAACCGAAUAGUUUAGUUCAAACUUUAACAGAUCUACCUAAAAUAAGAUUUAUCGUUUCGUCGCGUCAAGGUAUUUUAUACGCAGCGUCGGUCGCUCAAAUUUGGGUUAUUCAAGCUAUCGGCGUCGCCAAACAACGAGAAGUUCUAUUGAAAGAUAAACAGUUUCAACUUGCUUUAAAAUUAACGCAAACUUCGACGGAAUCGGAUGAGGAAAAACGAGAAAUCGUACAUCAGAUUCAAACAUAUCUGGCGUACGAUUUAUUCAAUAAGAAACAAUUCCACGAGAGUAUGAAGGAAUUUAUUAAAUUGGGUACUGACGCUUAUGACGUCAUACGGUUAUUUCCUGAUCUUUUGCCGCAACAACAAGCAGCAACCGAAAUUUCGGAACCGACUCGGGAUUUGACCGAAAAAGAAUUGGAAACUAGCAGAUUGGCGCUUAUCGAUUAUCUUACCGAGAUGAGAUAUCGUCUGCAUUCGUCUGAGAAUCAGGUAAAUAAAAACGCUUCGGGUAACCUCAACGAAACAGCCAUUAGCAAAUCUACGAGUCAAUUGCUACAAAUAAUCGACACAACUUUGCUAAAAUGUUAUUUACAAACUAACGACGCUUUGGUAGCACCAUUACUUAGACGCAAUCAUUGCCAUUUGAUCGAAACUGAAAAAAUUUUGAAAAAAAUGGGAAAAUCCAACGAACUCAUCAUAUUAUAUCAAACGAAAGGGCAACAUAGGCGUGCUUUGGAAUUGCUACAAUCCGAAGGAAAUUUAGAACGUAUAAUUACCUACGUACAACAUUUAGGAGCUGAACAUAUGCCCUUAAUACUAGAUAUGGCCGAUUGGGUACUCAACGAAUCCCCAGAAGAAGGUUUGAAGAUAUUCACAGAAGAUUUAGCCGAAGUCGAAUCUCUACCUCGAGCUCGUAUAUUGGACUUUCUCCUGAAAUCCCACAAAUCCUUAGCCAUACCUUAUUUAGAACACAUACUGUACGUAUGGGAAGAUCCCAAUCCGUUGUUUCACAACGCGUUGAUUCAUCAAUACCGCGAAAAGAUACUCACCGAAGGUACAGCAUCUUCUGAACACACCAGAAAGAAACUAUUGGAAUUUUUGGAAACCAGCAGGAAUUACACCGCGGAAAACAUCCUCGGAAGUUUUCCCACGGAAGUGUUGCUUGAGGAACGCGCCACCAUACUCGGAAAACUCGGUAAACACGAACAAGCUCUAGCGAUUUACGUUAGAGUUUUGGGAAACGUGGAAAAAGCUGAAAAUUAUUGCAAACAAGUAUACGAUAAACAAAUACCGGGUAGUUCGCGCAUAUACGUUUAUCUAAUUAAAUUGAUAUUAGAUCCCAAUAGUUGCGUAAUUACCCUUCCUGGCGUUACUUUAUCUCCUAAAACCGCCCAACCCGACAUCGAAUUGGCCAUCAGACUUUUGCAGGAGAACGCUUCCCGAAUGGAUUGUCUCGAAGCGCUCGCGAUAAUUCCAGAUCAUCUUCCGGUAUCUAGAUUAUUGAAAUUCCUGUUCGUUUCCAUGCAAAAGCUCGUACAAGAAAGGAGAUACAUGCAAUUGAUGAAGGGAUUGCUGCACGCGGAAUAUUUGACUUGUCAAGAAACCAAACUCGUCUUGGAAAGUCAGUACAUAACAGUAACCGAAUUUAACGUUUGUCCUGCUUGCAAGAAACGUUUUGGCAACCAAAGUGCUUUGGUGAGGUAUCCGAACGGAGAAGUGGUCCAUUUUUCUUGUCAAGAAAAAAAAUAAUUCUAAAAUUCAUUAAAUACAUAAAUUAUAUUUUAAAUAAUUAUUUAAAGUAAUACAAUGAUAUAAACGUAA